AAUAUUCGAUAUUAUUGAAUGAUAAUAAACAGAAGUUACAGUCUACAGAAGUUUGUGAUGUAUAUUCAUUAAUUAAAAUGGCUGCCAUGGCGCCGUACCCGCUACACUAUUCGAGAGACAAUCUUUGCCGCAAGUUAUAACGUAAGUUAUUUUCUAAAAAGAGUGAAGAGAUUGUAUCUUCGAAUCUCCAUUAACCAUGGAAAAUCAAAGUAAUGAAUUAGUGGUGGGAAUGUCAACGUUACCCGUAGUAUUACCUAUAGUAGUGAAGGAGGAACCUUCGGAGCAAAACAUUUCUAAACAAGAUACACAGCAAUCUCAAGUGCAAGAUGCAAUUUGUAUUGAAGAAGACUGUAACGAUCAACGUAUUGAGUGCACUACUGAAAGUCAAGAAAGUGAGAUCCGUGCAUUUCUUUCAAAAUGCGUUUUUUGUAAUAAAGUGUUCACCAUGGGUGAGGACGCAAAACUUCUGGAGUGCUUACAUGCAGCUUGCAUAAUGUGCGUUAACAAUAAAAUCAGCGAUCAUAAUACAUCAGUCGAUGUAGAUAUUCUGUUAGAGAGUAAUGUGAUUAUAUGUCAUGUUUGCAACGUAACUAGCCAGGUGGAAAAUUUGAUUGAAAAUAGAUUUCUGUCAAAAUUAUUAGAGGAAGAAAGUGAUCUAGGAUUGGAUGAUGAAGCUAAGGAAGCUGAGGAAGAAAAAAAAUGUACUAGCUGUCAUGAUAAUAUUAUUGCUACUAGUUGGUGUAUGGAAUGUGAAGAAUUUAUUUGUGAAAAUUGUGUUAUGGCUCAUCAAAGAUUGAAGAUAACCAAGGAUCAUAUAAUUAAACCUAAGGAUGAAAUAAUAAAUGAUAGAGACAAUGUUAAAAGAGGAAAUAAGAAGAUACCUGGAUAUUUGUUUUGCACAAUUCAUUCCCAUGAACAGUUAUCUUUAUUUUGUCAAACAUGUGAUAGAUUGACUUGUAGAGACUGUCAACUUAGUGAACAUCGUGACCAUAAAUAUAAAUUUAUUCAUGAAAUUGCAGCCGAAACUCGUACUUCUAUGUCGAUUUUGCUUAAAGAAGUAAGUUACAAACGAGUAUUAUUAAAAAGUGCGAUGAAAGUUAUAGAAGAUAGACAGAUUCUAAUAUUGGAGAAGAAAAAAAGUCUAGUUCAAGAUAUAACACAAAUGGUAGUACAAUUAACAAAUGCUAUUAAUACAAGAGGAAAGCAAUUGGUGAUGAGGUUAAAUGAAGUGUGUGAUCAAAAACAGAAUACAUUAAAUGAGAAAAAAGUUGCUUUAGAUCAAUUGUCUAAACUUACAGAUCAUUGUAUACUUUUUGGUACUCAUGCUUUGAAAAAAGGAUCGGACAUGGAAUUAUUAUAUAGUAAAAGAUCUGUUACAAGCCAUUUACAAAGAAUAAAAAGUAGACGAGCUGAUAUUCCAAAUCCAGAAAUACCUGUCAGGAUACAUUUAUCCUUAGAAAAAGUACCAGAUUUAAUAAAAGUGGUGUCAUCAAUCGGAGCGAUAGUCGUCGAUGGUAGAGUAUAUCCGUCCACAUCUCCUGUGGCUGCUAAUAACAGCACAGUGUCUUAUAAUGAAUCACAAGCCGAACAAAAGCAAAUUACGAAUUCAAUAAAUAAUACUCACUCUGAUAGUGUUAUGCCUGUUGUCAUUCAGCAGGGAUUACCAUUACCUGUAAUGGUAACACAACAAUCCACUAACGCGCCACAGAAUUCUUAUCAACAAGCGUCUCUGCAUCUUCCACAGCAACAGCAGCAGCAACAACAACAACAGCAGCAACAACAACAACAACAACAACAUACUCAACAAUCACAAAAUUAUAUGCAACAGUAUAUCGCACCGCACAGUAUGUCACCUCGAUCAUCGCCACAAGCACAUCAGCCACGAGUACCGUAUUCUGUCAACUAUAGUAAUAACAGGUUGCAACAAUCUCCAUUGAUGCAUCAACAACGUCCAUUGGGAACCUGUCAUCAACAACAAGUAACAUCAUCCACACAUCCACAUCAGCAAGCUCAAAAUCUAGAUCAACUCGGACAGAACACAAGUUUACGGGGUCUUCUCGCGCAUAAUUCUAUUCCACCGCCUCCAUAUCCAGCGUUUCGGACAUCCACCAAUCAUGUACCAUACCGAUUUUCUCCUGGAUAUAGAUACUCUUCAAAUAAUAACCCUCAGAGGGUCCAAGUACCACCACCUCAUACAUAUCAAGCAACAAAUACAUCCAUUGUACCUGUGACGUCACGUUUACAACAAUGUAAUUUAACUUCUCCGUCAACGCAGCACAUUGGAAAUUAUCAUCCCAUCCAUCGCUGGCAUAUACCACAACAAGCAAAUCCUUGCCUUCCUUAUACUUUGCCUCGACAUCAACAUAUAUCUACUUACACAUCAGUUCCUACCAAUGAUACAUACAAAAUUACUUUAAGAAAUCAACAGACUAGCAAUAAUCAAAAAUUUAACACCAAUGUAAGUGCCACUUCAUGUGACAAUCCACCACAGUUGCAAAAUUCAGCUACUGUUUCAUUGUUACAUGCUGUCAGUUCGUCUAUACCCAAAACACCUAGUCCUGUCACCACUCCUGGCAAGUCGGAUGACACCGAAAAGAGCUUAGAUAAAUUUUGUCAAAAAUCAUUGAAUGAUCUAAUGCUCACUAUUGCGAAAUUAGAUAGUAAUGGAAUCCUAGUGAUACCAGAAGCUCAAAAAAAUCAGGUAGACUCGGCACAAGUCGAUAGUUCCACUGACGAGGAUAUAAACUCGAUAGCUGAGAAUGCAACGGUAGAUAAUUCGAAAAGUACAACCGCUUCUAUGGUGAUGAAGGACGAUCCAAAUGAAGAUUGGUGUGCCGUAUGUAUGGAUGGAGGAGACGCAGUACUGUGCUGCGAUAAAUGUCCAAAAGUCUUCCAUCUUUAUUGUCACGUACCUAGUUUAAAAUCAUUUCCAGACGAGAGUGAAACUUGGCAGUGUAUGUUGUGUACAAAUGUACUAGAUUGUUCGGACGAUAUAUCGAACAGUGAAAAAAGAUCAAACGGUAUGAACGCUAAGGAAUUACGAAUUGCACAAAGGAUUGUCUUAGAACUUUAUUGUCAAUAUGAGCAAAGCUUACCUUUUCGGGAAGUUGUAUCGAGUGAGAUUACUGAUUAUCAUCGAAUUAUCAAGAAGCCAAUUGCGUUGGAUAUAAUCAGGGAUAAAUUAAAGUCUGACCAUAUAGAUCAUUAUACAGAUCUAAGACAAGUUAUGGCGGACAUUAGACUUAUGUUCAAAAAUGCUUUUACGUACAAUCCCGUGGAUUCGCAAGUUUAUCAAGAAGCUAGAAAUUUAGAAGAGUUUUUUGAAAAGUUGUUAUUGAAAUGGGCACCAAAUUAUGCAUAUGACGAUCCUUUCCUCACACCUGACAAGGAAGAAGAUGAAGAAGUUUUUCCACCCAAUAGAAAAUAUAGACGCAUAAUUAGUGAUUAAUAUAGAAUAAGUGAAUUGUUAAGUGUAUCUCGUCGGAAUCGUUGUGUUUGGGAGUAAAUUAUUUUUACGAUUUAUAAUUAUCGGAUUAAACAGUUAAUAACUUGA